AUGCACUGUUCAAAAGAUGUACUGAAUUUCAACAAUAAUAAAGUGAAGACACUGAAGAACGACAGUCUGUAUCCUUACAAGAAACUGGCCUACAUCUAUCUAGCUGACAAUAACAUCCGUAAAAUCGAUGAGGCAGCCUUCGUCAAUCAGCAUUACUUGGAUGUGCUGGAUCUCACGCAAAACCGUUUUGUCACACUGCCCAAAAGUCUAUUUCAAAUGCCGUAUCUUCGCACGCUCUACCUCGACGAUAACCUGCUCACCGAUUCCGUAUUUAAGAUGAAGGUCACUUCGCCCAUAAGACUGCUGCAGCUGGCCAGGAACGAGUUAACCAUGAUCCCGAACAUAGGUGUCCAGCCGACUCUGCUUGAUCUUAACGUGUCCAACAACAACAUCAUUUCGAUCAGCACCGAGGAUCUGGCGCCCUUCUGCUCGCUGAAGGUGCUCGAUCUGAGCAGGAAUAAGAUCAGUUUUAACACGGACAGUUGCGAUUGUCAGACGUUCAGCGCAUGGGUAAAGCUGCGUCAGAUCAAGAUGGAACCCAAGGACCUUUACAAGUGCAUCGAUUCGCCGACAGGUCAGAACGAGAAUUGCGCCAACGUUGGAUUCAGUAAUCGGACGUACGAGUUGUUCAACGAGUGCUUGGCUAUGAUACAGCAGGAGAUGAAGACCGAGAAUCGAUUCGUUUGGAUAAGCGUCGCUUUGUGCGUCUCGGUGUUUUUCAUCAUGGUCUUUACGGCGUUGUUUUGCGUGCACAAGCGGAUCUGUAGACGGCGCAGAAAGCAGAAGGAGCAGCAACAGCCAACAGCGAUCUACAACAACAUCGAGCAGCUUCAACAGCAAUCUGACGAUAAUUAUGAAAUAAUCCAGGAAGCAAACAUAUGUCAUUUUGAUAUCAUAUGCUGGUCAUUCUAUAACUAAAAAUCAAGUGUUAAAUGACGUAUUUAUGACCGAAAAGUGACAGACUACGCCAUCUUGAUAAAGUUAUUAUGCAUCGUACAUACGUGUACAUGUGCGCGUUGCUAUGCAUAUUAUAU